GGAUCUCAUAGUUAUAAUAUAGUCGUCGUCGCCGCCGUAGACUGCUGCAGUCCCUUCGGGAGUUUACUAGAUAUAAUAUAAUCACACGCAUGUCAUAUACGUACGUUAUCCUCCGGACACAGCACACGUCAUCUGCGCUGAUGUCCCGCGCGUUAUAAUAAUAACUGUCUUUUCGAUCUUGAUCGAUAUAUAAUUUCGUCUUACCUAUCUAGAUUGCGCGCACGAGAGUCGAUUUACGCGGUGUAGUAUACCUAGGUACCAUACAUAUACGUGAACUCGCCAUGAUGAUGGACUCGGACUCGGCGUAUAAGCCCAACGGCGAUUACCUCAUGUCGCCGUACACCUGGCACACGCCGCAAGAUUUGCAGCAGUUCACCAACGCACCCAUCGUGUACCCGUACAGUGACUACGGAUCUGUGGUAGUCAAGUCUGAGUACGACGACGACGUUUGCGGGGUUGUCGGCGGUGGUGGCGGCGGCGGUGGAAUCGGAAUCGGUGGAGAUCUCAGCUGCGGCGGUGGUGGUGGAGACGGCUGCGGCGAUAUCGGAGGCGGUGGCGGCGGUGGUAGCAGCAGUUCACCCGGCCUGGAACACGACACGGUGGAACCGAAAAAGGGAAAGAAACGGUCGUCCAGAUCGAAAGAAAUCCAAACGCCGUUGAAAUCAAGGAGACGAUCUCCGCAGACCCCAGAAGAGAUGCAAAGCCAACGGGUGAUGGCCAAUGUACGGGAACGGCAGCGGACACAGAGUCUAAACGAAGCGUUUGCGUCUCUCCGGAAGAUCAUACCUACGCUUCCGUCUGACAAACUAUCGAAAAUCCAAACGUUGAAGUUGGCCACGCGAUACAUUGAUUUCCUGUACCAGGUGUUGCACAAAGCCAACACGGAUGAAGUUCCCAUGGUAGGACACACAGACUCAGAUUCUCAGCACUCCAUCGAACAAGGAUCUUCCGGUACUGGAUCUUGCACUUACGUGGCUCAUGAACAACUCAGCUACGCGUUUAGUGUGUGGAGAAUGGAAGGCGAAUGGAACAACGUCAACCAGGAAUAAUAAUUUUAACAUUUAAGUGAACAUGGGGGGUGGGGGUGUUUGUACAUCGAAAAGUAUUGAUAUGCAACUAAGUAUUUCCUUUUGCAGUUUUGCAUAUACACACACACAUAUAUAUAAUAUAUGUACCUAUUUAGUAUAUAUUAUAUUAUGUAUAUUAUUUAAUUUAAAAUUAUGUUUAGUUUUUAUACUUUUUAAACGUUAAGAUAUUUUUUAUCGAUUUUUAUUUUUUAUUAUUAUUUUUAUGUACAUAAAGCCACCAAUGUAUAAAUAUAUUUUUUUAUUAAGUUUAUUUUUUCUA